AUGAAUGGCAAAUUGCAUAGUGAAACUGGCGCUUUCUCGUCUGACGGCAUGCGCGCCGAAAUAUUGAACCCUUUCGUCCACAAGUUGGAAUUAGAUAACACUUACGAUAAAAUAAAGACAGCAAUAUUCACCGUCAUACUCCUACCGUUCCGGGUCAUCGUGAUCUGCUAUCUGAUUGUCACCGCCUGGUUCCUAGCUUGUAUUGGUCUGUAUGGACUUAGUGAGGAGGAUCUUAGAAAGAAACCUAUGACCGGAUGGAGAAGCAAACUUCGCUUCUCGAUCCUCUCACUUAUGCGGCUGGUGGUUGUCGCGGCCGGCUUCCACCGCGUCCGAGUGCUGGGGAAGGAUAGGGCUCCGGCGAGUGCCCGGGAAGCUCCCGUGUUGGUCAUGGCGCCGCACUCUUCGUUCUUCGACGCCAUCGCGAUAGUGUGCCUUGGGGCACCGAGCGUGGUCGCUAAGGCGGACACAGCCCGACUGCCUUUUAUUGGACAACUCAUAAACUAUACACAACCGGUGUAUGUGUGGCGAGAUGAUCCCAACUCUCGGCAGAACACUAUCAAGGAAAUCAUCGAGAGGGCGACGUCCAAAGAGAAUUGGCCUCAGGUACUUAUAUUCCCGGAGGGCACGUGCACGAACCGGUCAUGCUUGAUCACUUUCAAACCAGGAGGUUUUUACCCGGGAGUGCCCGUGCAGCCCGUCACUAUUCGCUACCCGAAUGCCCGGGAUACGGUCACAUGGACUUGGGAGGGACCAGGCGCGUUAAAAUUAUUGUGGCUUACACUAACACAAGUACACAGCUCAUGUGAGAUUGAGUUUCUCCCGGUGUACUAUCCAAGCGAGGAGGAGAAGAGAGAUCCCAAGCUUUACGCGAGAAACGUUCGAGAUGUUAUGGCCAGAGCGCUGGGGGUGCCGGUGCUGGACUACACGUACGACGACUGCCGGCUGAUCGCGCGCGCCAAGCAGCUGGGCGUGCCGGCCGCCGCCGCCGCGCGCGACCUCGCCGCCCUCCGCCACCAGCUCGGCUUGGAGGGAUCGAUGCUGGAGCUACAAUUAGCGGAGCAGGGCUUGCAGGGCAAAGCGCGAUGGCUCACUCGCGAAGAAUUUGCGCAGAGGCUUGGCAUACCCAACGAUACAUAUUGUCACAGGCUCUUCGACAUGUUUGUACAGAGGUCGAGUGGCUUGGUGUACUUCCCGGACUACUUGCUGUGCGCCUGUUUCCUGUCCACACAACAUGAACCGUUGACGAAACUCCUCUCAUACGCAUUCAAGUUAUAUGACACAAGCGGCAACGGUCGCUUGAAAAUGUCCAAUUUCGAGGAGCUGGCGACGAGGUGUCUAGGUCUGUGUCAAGAGGAUGCUCAGAACACUUUCCGGCAAGCGGACCUGGACGAGAAAGGCUACUUGACUUACGAUGAGUUCAUAACAUUCGCUCAGGAGAGGUCCGAAUUCGCGUUCAUAUUCGUGAGCGACUCGUCUCACAAACCAAAGGCGCAAUGA